AUGGUCAUGGUCAUGGUCAAGCUCACUGCUGCCACACCGAGGAUCACCGACGAAGAUCAGCUCCGGAGGUCUGACGCGAGGUGCCCAUCACAUUUCACUGGCGAUGUCUACAAUAAUGCCAUCGAAGCGGCUACACUCACUAGUCAGUGGGAUCAACAUGAUUGCAAAUCUUUCAAUAAAAAAUUAACUUUCUGCAGAAUGUGGCGAGCUGACAUCAUGCAGAGACCUCACCAGGGCGCGUAUGCAAGUCGAUCUUGUCUCACCUGUGAUACACCAGCGGAACAUCCUGCGACGACGUUGUUAAUGUUGGUUAGUGUCCUAUGUCCGUGGUAUGGAUGGCAACAUCAGCUUAUCAAAGAUCAUGGUUGCUCAACCUUCUCUCGGGGCACCGUUGGGAGCAUUCAAGUCACACAGUCGCAAACGUCAUGCCACUAUACUCAACAGAUCACCAGCAGUGAGCAGUAUUGCGCUUAUACUACUUGCAGUAUCCUUGCUUCGACAAAUCGUGCUGGCCUAGGUCUGGGGAGUUCGGCUAUCAUUUCAAAUUUUAAUCGAAGGAACUUCGCAUCCAUCAAGUUCCAAGCCGACAUCGUGAUGCAUAGAGAGACGCCACAGAACCUUGCAAUCCUAGAAUGGUGGAUGCAACGGAAGCAUAUCUGCAAGCCCCGGAUGUGGGCGAGGAUUUCGGGGCUUAUUAACGAUUGGAUAGUCGUUGAAAAGGUCCGCGAAAGAGCAGGCGGGCGACGCGGAGGCACUGGCUGGAAGUCAUUUCCGGAGCUUUCGAUGACGCAAUCUCGUAUCAUGUGCCAACCUGAUGAGCUGGUCGACCAUCGAACGCAUGGCCGUUGCUGUUGUCGCCUCUUCCUGAGUAAACAGGGUCCGAGCAGUCAUGUGGAGAGGCACACGAUCCAUAGUGCCUCGGCGACCGGCGAGAUUCUUUACAAAAGUCAGUCAGUCGAUACGAGUUUGUACGCCCUCAUCACGUUUCACCUCGCAUCGGCUUGGUGCGAGUUUUCGCCACUGAGGAACCUCGUUGAGCACGUUUCAAAGUGGAUAAGUUAUGAGGACAUUUACUCAAGUGACAAGGCGCCAGUCUCCCAUAACAUCUUGGCCUCCCUGCACCAAUCAUCGAUUGAUGGACCAGGCGUGUAUACUUGUUCCAUCAAAUGCAUUGUGGCUGGUAGCAUGACUCGCAAGGGUCGAUCAUAG